AUGAAAGAUCAUUAGUGACGUAUUACUUAAUUUACGUUUACUUUGACUUCUAUUACUAUGAACAAUUACUACAACUUCACCCUCUAAAAUUUUGUAAACAUUAAUCAAGUUGCAAGUAUUGCGCUGAAAGCGGUAAUUGACAACAAAUUUUAAGUUAUGCCUUGUAAUACACCACCACCACCCCCUAUUCUGGAAGAUUUGGAUGAUGUCAUUGAGGAUGAUCCAAAUGAGCUGGAAUAUGAGUUUUUACCUGAUGAACUAGAAUUAGUAGAUGAUUCAGCAUUAACGUUUACCUCACAUACAGAUUCUGUAUUAUGCUGCAGUUUUGAUAAAACUGGCAGUCUUGCUGUUACUGGUGGACAGGAUGAAAAAGCUUAUGUAUGGUAUACAGGAACUGGUGUUGUUAAAUUUGAAUGUCCUGGUCAUACUGAAUCAGUAAUAUCCGUUCAUUUCAAUCAUGAUGAUUCUCUUGUUGUGACUGCUGAUAUGGAUGGAGUAGUACAAGUUUUUGAUGUGGCUAGUGGAACAAAAGUGUGGAAUUUUGAUGCUACAGAAAUCACUUGGACAGAGUGGCACCCUACAGCAAAUAUACUUUUUGCUGGUACAAUUGAUGGAAGUUGUUGGAAGUGGAGUGUGCCUGGAGAUGAUAUCUGUAGCUUAUUUCAAACAAGUGGAUCUGGAAGUUCUUGUGGCAAAUUAUUUGAUAAUGGUACUAAGUGUGCUGUAGGCUAUAUGGAAGGCUCUAUAAAAGUUUGGGAUACUGAAAAUGUACAAUUAAUUGGCUCUGUUACAGGGAAAGAAGCUCAUGAAAGCAACGUAAAUUGUAUUACAUGCAGUUCAGAUGGUUCUUUAAUUGCUACUGGUUCUGAAGAUGGUACUGCUAAAAUUAUUAGGUCAACUAACUGUAGAGUGUUAAAGACAUUACAGUGUUCUCUGUCCGAUGAAGAUAAAGAAUCAAUUGAAGGAAUCGGCUUUUUACAAGGGCAUACACUUUUAGCUGUUGGAACAAAUGAUGGCAAUUUAAGAAUAUUCGAUGUUUCAACAUUUGUACUCAGAUCACUUGUUUCUGUUAGUGCUCCAAUUGUUAAAUUAGUGUGUGAUGAAGAUCAACCAUUAGUUUAUAUUGCCAGUUUUGGUAAUAUUGAAAGAUAUGAUGCUCGCACUGCACAGAUGGAUAAAAAAUGGACUGGGCAUGAUAAUCGAAUUUUAGAUUUUGUAAUCUCAGGGGACAAACAAAAGGCACUGUCAGUGGCUGAUGACACCUUGUGCAAAAUAUAUGUAAUCAGAUAAUGAUACAUUACUAUACCAUAAAUAAAUUAUUCUGUAAAAUAAAAUUAUUUCUUAUACUCAAA